AUGUUAAGUAAACUCAAUGUAUUAGUUAAUCAAAUUUUUCAUCAUGACAUACUUCUUCAAUCUCCUAUGAAUUUACGACAAUUAUCAAUUAAAAUCAAACAUUCAACCAUGCUAGAAAUGAAACGUUUACUCUCACCGAUGACUUGUCUCACACAUCUUACUCUUCAUAUCGAUUAUGUUCGCAAUGAUAUGACAGAUGGCAAUGCUUGGAUACCAUUAUUAAAGAAAUUAGUUGUAUUCAAGUUCUUAUUUUACGUUUCUAGCUUAGAAAAGAUCAAUCUUGAUUCAUUUCGCACUCAAUUCUGGCUCGUAGAGAAGAAAUGGUAUGUUACCUAUGAUCGAUGGAGUGAAUCUUAUUCAUCACUUCUCUAUACAAAUCCAUACUGUGGUCAAUAUUGGACUCGAUCUUCACAUAUAACGGGAAGACUUGUGACAGAAUCAACUGGAUUGGAGCCUACGACAUGUCCACAUGUCAACUGUCUCUUUAUACAAAAUAUAUCACAAAUCAACGAUGUACCUUGGACUCGAUUCACUCGUCUUGAUUACUUAGCUCUUGAACAAAAUCUGAAUACUGUAUUCGAACACAUUGCUACACGUCUUGAUUUAUCGUAUAUAACUAAUUUUUCUUUUAAUCAAUCGGAUAUUGAAACACCAAGUAAUGACUUUGUACGAAUACUCCAUAGUUUACCGCAACUACGCUCACUCAGGUUACCCGUAUCGAUUCUCCACGUCCUUUUUGAUCGUAAAUGGUCUAAAAUUAUCGAUCUCGAUAUUAUGAGUAAUUAUCGAUUUCCAUCAGAGCCAUUAAUAUCCAUCCAGAUUGAUUCAUUUUGGCGUUCGUUUACUCGUUUGGAAACAAUGAUAUUUUGUCGUGAAUGUAUUCAAGAUGUGGCACGAUUAUUCGAUAACAGAGCAAUGACACUAUCAAUUGUAAUGAUUCGUCACUUUGGUAAUCUGAAUGAUUGUGAUCCUCAAUUGAUCACACGUGAAUGGCUUGAGAAGAACACAAAAUUGCGUCAAUUCGACUAUUUUUGUAAUGAUAUACGAAUUGUUUCCAUGUGGAUCUAG